AUGACAGCAGACAACUGUGGCCUUCAACACUCGCCGGACGAGAAUCUGUGGGGGAAAACUAUGAGUGAUCACAUAUUACUGUCUGCUGAUCGUCUCAUCAAGGCCGCGACCAUGGAACAAAUGCAACGAGAGGCUUUUAGCGACAAAGGCACUUCCAUGCAAAGGGUACAGUACAGUUCCAACACUGAAAUCGAUGACUGGAACUUGAACGAGUUUAUGUUUUCUAAUGACGAAGAAGAGGAAAAGAUGGAAUGUCGCAUUUGCCAGGAGGAAGACUUUGUCAACAAAAUGGAGGCACCAUGUGGCUGUAUUGGUAGCUUAAAGUUAGCCCACAGGGAGUGCAUUCAGCAAUGGUGCAACGAGAAAAAGAACACUACCUGCGAAAUUUGCAACCAGCCAUACCAAGCUGGCUAUACCACCCCAUCACCACCACCGCCACCACCACCUUCAGAUACAAUUAUCACCAUCAGGCAAGUCAAUCUUUUUGACCAUAGGAACGACAGGCGUCCGUCGACCUUCCCAGCACCUGCUACUGCUAGGGCAGCAGAAUACUUGGUUGAUGGGGAGUAUGAUGAGUUUGCUACUCCAAGUGGAACCAGAAAUGCAGUUAUCGCCUCAACAGUCCUUGUGUUUACAGCUAUCUUGAUGAUGAAACUAGCAUUUUCCUUCGUGGAUGAGGAGGACCGUAGCAUUGGCAAUAUUUUUUCUACGAAGCUAGCUUUUAUUCUCAUCUUGGACUCGGACAUUUAA